AUGGCCAUCAAGCAGAAAUUGUACGUGUUUCCUCAAUUUGUUCCAGUGAAUUUGGAACUCAUACUUCCUGAUGGAAAGAAGCAUGAACAUAAAGAGAGUUUGCUUUCGAACCCUAAUGGUCAAUGGGUGGAAAUUUUGGUAGGGGAGUUCAUGACAUCUCAAGACAUGGAUGGAGACUUGCAAUUCUCCCUCCUUGAAAUUAAGGGGGGUAAUUGCAAGAGUGGACUUGUUAUCAAGGGUGUCAUUAUUCGACCUAAGAGCUGUAUUACUAAAGAGCAACCACUACAAAAUAAUCAUUUCUCCGUGAUAGCAAAUGAUCUUUCAAUUGAAUGGGGUUCGGACGAGCGUUACUGGCGAUGUAGUUAUAGUAACAAUUGUAACAGUUUUACGAACAUGGCCGAAGUUGAGCUUAUAAAAGUUUGUUGGCUUGAAGUGAAAGGAAAGUUCAACACAUCAAAGCUCUCAUCAGGAAUUGUGUAUGAGGUGGCGUUUAUAGUAAUGCUAAAAGAUAAUGCAUAUGGAUGGGAAGUUCCAGUGACCCUCCAACUUGCACUCCCCAAUGGAAAAGUGCAGGAACAUAAAGAAUGUCUUUUGAACAAGCCUAAAGGUCAAUGGAUAGCGCUUUACGUUGGGGAGUUGGAAAAACGUGCCGGAAAAGCUGGAGAAAUUGAGUUCUCCCUCUUUGAAACUGAAGACCUUCAUUGGAAGAAAAGGCUUGUUAUCAAGAAUGUUGUUAUUCAUCCAAAGAACUAA